AAUGCUACCGACAGAGUCCAACGGCAAGGAUGGUGCUGGUCCCUCCUCUGAGUCCGUGGCGCUGGCUGUUCCGCAACGGCCGUACUGGGCACAAGUCCCGGCCCUGCUGUGUCUCUACCUUGAAGACCUGGUGACGCUGGCGUGUGCUGCGGCUACAGCUUCGACUGAUGACAGCGAGCUGCUUGAGCUGCAAGAGGCUGGGGUGAUGAUGCUCACGGUAGUCGCCAGGACGUUUGCUCAGGUCCCCGACUCCGACGAGGACGAGCUUGGCCUAGUGGUCGUCUUGGGUAAGAGCGUUCGGGCGCCGACUCUAGCGCUGGAGCUGUCUAUCUCGCAGAUCACGGGCGCAGCUAGGCCUGCCCUAGGCUGCAAGGUAUCGCCGCGGCUUGCCCAGCGUGGCUGCGAACUGGUGGUCACCCUUGUCCGCGAGGGCCUGGUGAAGGACAAGGUCGUGCUGAAAAGACUGGUGCGACAAGUGAUGCCAGCGGAAGUGUUGUCCGUGUCCGCCAAACAGGCCAAGCAGGGCGGUCUAGAGAAGACGCGCCACCGCACCCGCCUCAGCCGCACCCCAAGCCCCCGCUGGAGGGGGACCGCGAGCGGCUCUUCCCCUUCGCCCGCACGAGGAGGAGGCACUUCCCCUGCGUCGUUCUUCGGAAAAACGGGGACGGAUGGAAACCGUCCCCUGAGAGCGAGCGAUACGACCGCAACGCCGGUCUCUGACAAGGACAAGGCGGCCUCGUCGUCCCAGGCGGAGGCGGAGGCUUUGAGGCUGAAGGAGGCCGUGGAGGCUAGCUACCGCCCAGCGGUGUCCGCCGUGUACGGGAUGCACGUCCCCCUGGCGGAGAGGGCGGCAAGGCUGCAGUGCCUGGCGGCGCUUCGGCUGGUCGCCGGAGGGGAAGACGAGGCUUCGUUCGGAGGCGGGAGCGGCUCGGGGGCCGUGAUUCCGGAUUCGGUCCGGAGGGGGCUAAUGGACGCUUUGAAAGAGCACCUCAAGGUGCUGGGACUGCACUGGCUUGCCAACGUCAAGGAUGCGGGGGAUGCUUGCGGUCUUUGGCCACGUGCCGACAAGUUGAACAUCGGUGCGGGUCUGACGUACCCUCCCGGGGUGAAACCGUCGCUGGCGAAGGGGCCACUGAAGGGGAGGUGGCCCGUAAUGGCUGCUGCGGCCGCGGCAGAACUCGGCAGGGAAGGGGCCGGCGAUGACGCCGAAGCCGCGCCGUUUUUGCUGUCGGUGUGCCUGUGCGGGCUCCUGGCGGCUGAAGAAGGGCUAGUCCGACGGCGACUGGGGGGAACAUCCCGGCGACACGGGCGGUCUUUCCUAGGGUCACCCGGUAACGACUUUGCGAAUGGCUCACGAGGAGUGACCGGGGGUGGCAGCCUUGCUGGUGGUGAUGACAAUGACGACGACGACGAGGAGCAAGACGAGGGGCUGAUGGCGGAGGAUGCUUCGCUCAUGUUCCUGACGGCUAUAAGGCAAGGAAAAGGGGCAGCGGCUGAUGUGCUCGACGCUACAUUCUACCGGAAGCGCUGGCUGUUGUGCCUGUUUUCGAGACCCGAGCUACUGGGAAGCCCCUCGCCUACCGAUAACUCGAAAACGCUGUCGGCUCAGGAGAUCGGUCCGGAGAACGGGGCGGAUAUGGGAGAGGUCGACGUUGGCAGCUCAACCGAGAGCCCUGACAGUGGUAGUGCUACCGGUGUCCCUGUGUCGAUGGUCAUACGCGCCGUCAGGACGCUUUCAUCACCCCCGUUCUUGCAGCGCGUGGGAGAUUCGGAGGCUGGUAGUGUGAAAGGAGGAAGCAGAGAUGCGGAUUACAAGUGUCCUCUCAGACUCCAGCUCGCUGCCAUCUCGGCCCUGGGAGCACUUUUGUCUUCGAAGGGGGGUGAGUAUGUGAUGAGAGCCACGGCAGCGAUGACGGCUGCUGGAAGGGACGUGGAUUCGAAAACGCAGGAGGUCGAGGAAGGGGCGGGCGAGAGUGAUCCAGAGCCGUUGGCACUAUGGGAAGGUCUUAUGGGAGGUGUCGUUGGUGCCGUUAACGCCAACAUUCCGGCAGCGUUUGACCUGCCGCUACCUCCGGGAGAAGAAACGGGUAACACAGUACCCAACUCUCUCUCCGUGGCAUCAUCUACACCCGCUCAAAUCGGCGGAGCUACGUUUACCGCCGAAUUUCCUUCGGACGACAGCACGAGCAACGGCGCUCCCGGGAUGGUCUCGAACCCGCCUGUGAUUGCUGGUGCGGACGGUGCGGCGGCAAAUGCGGCGGCGAAGGCCUUCGCGGCGGAGGUCGACAAGGACAAAAGCUCCUCGGCGGGCGAGGAAGCGGCGGUGAUGGUGUCUGCGGCACUCCUCCCGCUCCUGUCCCGCCUUGUUCCUCUCUGCCCGCCCCCCAGACUCUCGAGCACGCUCCCCUCGCUCCUCCUGCUUUCCGUGAGACUUCUCGGAGCGGAAUCGGGCAGGGUGCUUGGGGUUGCUGCUGGAUCUGCCGCAGCAGCGCGGAUGGUCUCCGCAACGGGCGGUGGUGGUGGUAGUGAGGACGCCGCUAAGGGGCUAUCGUCCACACCGGAAGCGAAAGCUGCCGUCGAUUUCGUGCGAUCUUGCGUGCGCGAGGUGUGGCGCCACGGGGAUAUACAGCAGCGGCAAGAAGCUGGUCCCGGUGAAGUUGCUCAUGGUCUCGGACCGCCCCAGGGCGAUAUUGAGGGUGCGGAGGCAGUGCCUAGUGCGGGGGGAGGGGCUGCCGUCCCCGAAACUGGAAGCGUUUCGACUGCGCCCGGGCCUGAUGGUGGCGCUGAAAUCGUGGAGGGUAGCGGGGUCGUGGCAAAUGAUGAGGACGGCGAUGACGACGAUUGGGGGGACGACGAUUUCCAAGGGGCCGAGGGCGACUUCCAGGGGGCUGAGGGCGAGCUGCAGGAGGAUUCUUCUCCUCCCUCGGUGAACGAUGACCCUGCUGCCGCUGCUGUUGCUGCUGGAAGUGUUCCUGCUGUAGAAGAUGCUGCUUCGGAGGCCUCCGUCGGUAAGGCAGAGGUGGCGGCAGAAUCAGGCGAGGUCCGGGUGCGAAGGAAUGACUCCUCUGGGAAAGGGAAGGAGGAAAGUGAGACUUGGCAAGAAGAGGCACCGGUGGUACAGGAUAAGGACGACGCACCGUCGAACAACAAUGAUGGUGAGGAAGACGAGCAUGCCUCUGCUGCGGAAGACGGGGUCGACCGGUCUGCGCACAACGACACGGAGGACGAAACCGAGAAUGAGACCAAGGAUGUUCUUCAUGCGCCAGUAGAUCCGGAUGGUGUCGGUAAUGACGAAAGCAGCCAGGAAACCUCAGCAGCAGCCGGUGCACCCGUCGCCUCCGCCGCCGCCGCCGCAGCAGCAGCAGCAGCGACGACCCCCGCGGAGAGCGCAGACGCGCCUGCUUGUGUAGAUUCCCAGGACGAUGAUGCCACCACACCAGAGAACGGGAGCACAGGCGACGUCCCCAUCGCAUCGCCGCCACCUGCCGUGCCGGAUGCCCUGAAUUUGCUUCUAGGUGCGGGUCGGGCCGUGAACGAACUCUUGACCUUCCUUCUGGGUGGAGAAGGGGCAACGACAGAAAGGGCGGCCGCGAUCGGCGCAGCCGCGGAAGCUUGGGGCGCGGUCGCCCUGACGAUCCCCCAGGAAGCAGACGGUCUCGCGGGGCCGCUGCGCGAGGCGUUGACUUCCCCCGCGGAGAAGUGCUCGGUUUCCACCCGGCUUGCGUUGCUGCAUGCUGUCGUCGUCACUGUCAAGGCGGCGGCCGGUGAGGACGACGGAGCUGCGGCGGGGCAGGCGGAGGCGGACGGGGGCGCGUAUCGCAAAGCGGCGGCUUCAGCGUUAAUGCGGUUGCUUGCGCCGCACGCGUUGGCCGGCUUGCGGCUCGAGGUGGAUCGCGCAGCAGCAGCGGCGGCGGCGGCGGCGGCGGCGGGAGGGGGCAACGUUGUGGCGGACGAGGAACCGCGGGAAGCAUGCUUGUUGGAGGGCGUGCACCUCGCCCAGCUCGCGCGGCGCCGCAAGCAAGCCACGGCCCCCUUCUCGGCCUUUUGCUGCCCCUUUACUCUUCCGCUCUGGCUCUCAACCUGCCGAUGCUGGGUGCCACCAUCGGCCAAGCUUUACUGCUCGUCGCAAGGUCGUCUGGAGGAGCCUUCAAAGAGGCUGUGGCUUACGUUGCCGCGGGGGAACGCCAGGCACUAGAAGGCGCUGUGCGCGCCGCAAUGAUGGGGCGAGGGGCUCGAGUGGCGGGAGGCGACGCGGGCGG